UAACGUUUGGUUCGAUUUGCUUACGGUGUAUAGGUUUGUUUCACUGUUUUAAGACUACAUUACUUAAUGACUUGAAUUUUGGUGUCUGUUUGAGUGGCUCUUGAAGAUCAAGAGACAAGAAAUGACGUCAAACACCAAGAUUCUGUCUUUCGAGGAGGUUUCAAAGCAUAACCGGAAGACUGAUUGCUGGCUGAUUAUUUCUGGAAAGGUAUAUGAUGUAACCCCAUUUCUUGAUGAUCAUCCAGGGGGUGAUGAGGCCCUAUUAUUAGCAACCGAGAAAGAUGCAACAGAAGAUUUUGAAACAGUGGGCCACAGUCAAGAUGCAAAAGACCAAAUGAAAGAUUACUAUGUUGGUGAGCUCGAUAACAAUACUAUGCCUCAGGAAAACGGGUAUAACCCGCCUUCGACCACAGCUUCUGCGUCGAACCAAGCUCCCGGAAGUUCAUCUACCAACAUUUUAACAUUUGUUUUGCCCAUAUUGAUCUUGAUUUUAGCAUUUGCUCUCUAUUACUAUCCCAAGAUAGAAAUGGCAAUCUGAGUGCUUCCAGUUUAUGUUAUUUGCUUCUAAAUUUAUUAACAUGGAUGGAAAAAUAAAGUCUUUAUGUUCAUGUUGAUUGUUGAGUGUAAACUUGGUAUUAUUGAUCUAAAACCACCUUUUUGUUAA